ACACGCGGAGUGAUACGAAAGACGAUAAAGAGGGGACUACAUAUCCUAAGCGAGAGGGAAGUUCCAAAAUAGGGUUGAUCAAAGAAAGCGGGCUAGGCACUUAUUUCUCAAAUAGGUAUUAAGUAUCUGUAAUAUUAUCACUAUAAUGUCUUGGCAAGCCUAUGUCGAUGACCAAAUUUGCUCCCAAAUUAAAUGUAGAUUAGCUGUAAUCGCAGGAUACGAUGGGGGAGUAUGGGCUUCACAUGGAGUUCAAGUAACACAAAGCGAGAUAAAAAAAUUGUUGACCAAAUGAAGACCAAACCUGAAACAUUCCAAGGAGAAGGUAUCCAUCUUGGGGGACAAAGGUACAUUUGCUUGCAUGCUGAAGAAGAUCUACUGCGGGGAAGAAAACAAGGUUCAGCACUGUGUAUUGUAAAGUGUGCUUCAUGUAUACUUGUAGUAGCCGCUGAUGAUGGUGAAUCACCUGGUCAUCUGAAUGUGGUUGUUGAAAAGUUAGGGGAAUAUCUCAGAAGCGUAGGAUAUUAGG